AUGCACGUGACAGGUCGAAACGAGGAGCGCUUCGAAAGGCAAGAGCAGCGCAUUGUGCCGUCUGGCAGCAGCGACCGGGCUGAGUUGCAGGGGUCAUCAACCUGCGACAGUGUGGACCCCUUCCGCACACCUCGUUCGCUCUUUCCCUGCCUCUCGUUCCUUCCCGGUCGCUGGCGGUCAGACCAGGCGGCCAGCAUUGCGGAUGGCAGGCGCCCUCAGUGGAAAGUGGAUUCUGGCAGUUUGCCUCUGGAGGCCGCGCUUCAUUGA